AGGUUAAAAGUGUCUUCAAUAUGACAGCAAAAGAAGGAAGGAAGAGAUCGGUCAGUGCUCUGGUGGCAGUUGGAAAUGCAAAUGGAGCUGCAGGUUUCGCUUUAGGUAAAGCACCUGACAGAACAACUGCUCUCCGAAAGGCAAAGAACAAAGCUAUCCACUACUUGUACUACAUCGAGCGAUACAACAAUCACACCAUUUAUCAGGAUAUAACAUCGAAGUUCAAACGAACAACAAUCAAAAUGAAGAAGCAAAACUACGGGUAUGGACUACAUUGUCACCGAGCAAUCAUUACGAUAUGCAAAUUAAUUGGAAUUAAGGACAUGUACGCCAAGGUUACUGGAUCUACCAAUCUGUUGAAUAUUACUCGAGCCCUCUUUCAAGGAUUGUCAAAACAGGAGACUCACAGUGACUUAGCCGAUAAGAAGGGGUUACAUGUAGUAGAGUUUCGAAGUGAGCGUGGGCCUUUGCCCCUGAUAGUUGCCUCCCCACGUGGCCCCGUCAGGAAAACGCCUGAACCUGAUGAAAUUCCUGACACCAAAUUGGAUUGGAGUGAAGUGAAAGCAGCACAGGGUACGAAACAAUCGGUCUGGGCAAAUGUCAAGCGCACAAUUUGGUGACCAGCUGGUACUUUCUGGCAAAUGCUGUUGAGGCAGUUUUACCUACUGAAUCUGCAAAGAAAAUGAGAGAUCCUGGCUGAGAACACAGCUCUCUGCAGACCUUAACACAAGACAGAAGAAUGAUAUGUUUAACAUCAUCAGCCCUGAUUGUAGUUUAUGGAUGAAAGGAUUGGCUAAUUAAGUAUUUUUCCAGUGUGUUCCGGUUUCUUUAUCUGGAACAAUGGAGCUUUACGAACAUCUGUUAAAGUUUGUUGCCUUACAUCAUAAAACCAAUAAAAUCCAUUGUGUUUAAUUUAAUAAAA